AUGGUGAACGGGACCGCGGCGGUGCUGGAACCCACAUUCACAGGGUAUGUGGCCACCACGCAGGAUGCGCUCAUCUUGUUCGAGGCCUGCUUGACCGGUGUUUUACAUCAUGUCCCACGCCGGCCACAUGAUCGCGAAAGGAGCCACUUGGUUCGCAGUGGCAGCGUCUUCAUUUACGAGGAAAACUCAUCAGGCAUCAAGCGCUGGACCGAUGGUGUCACCUGGUCGCCAAGUCGCAUCCUCGGCAACUUUCUAGUCUAUCGCGAACUGGAGAAGCCCUUCCCGCCAGGGGAGAAGAAGCGCGCGAUGAAGAAGGCUAAUCGACGGCCAGUGCCCGCCACCAGGCCCGGCGAGCCAUAUCCGCGACACGACAGCAACGGCUCCGGUUACUCCCCCACAUCGCCACCAGGCCCGUUUGGAGACAACCGACCACACCAGUCGGAGAUGGAGCGGGCGUUGGUGGGGUCGCUGGUAGACUCGUACGGCUUCAAGGAUUCCGGCUUGGUCAAGAAGACCAUGAGCGUCACCGUCAUGGGUAUCACCCACCACCUGGUGUCGUACUAUAGCGUGGAGGACGUGAUGCGCGGCGUGCUCAAUCCGCCCUCCAUGGUGGAAUCAUUGCGCUACAUCCGGCCACGCGCCGAGCUCACCCAGAAACAAAGCUUCCGCGCCCCCAUCGACGACCUUGAAACCACCGCCAUGGACAACCCCCACGACCCCUCGCACGCCGCCCUCUAUGGCUAUCGGCCCCAGCAGAUGAUGGCCCCCCCGGGCGCCUACGGCAUGCCCAAUCCCUCCGCCGACUAUUACAUGCACGCCAACCCUUACGCCGCCACUCAUGCCCCACAACAACCGGGCCCUCUCGCAGGCUACUCCAUGGGUGGCACAAUGCCCGGCCAGCCCGCGCCAAAUCCGUAUCUCCCCUCCCCGGCGGCCGCCGCGGCCGCUAUGGGUGGUCACAAGCCCGAAGACUACCACGCAUUCCGCGCAGGGCCUUAUGGAGGCAGCAUGGACAGCCUCAGCCACAGCGCGCUGUCAUCCAGUAUCCCGGGUUUGAACACCGCGAUGCCGUCCUCGUUGAGCGACCGCAACCGCUCCACCUCGGACCACAGCCCCUCCGCCUACCGCAACUCGUCUAUCUCGUCGCGCAGUGUCGCGACUGACGCCACCUCGCCCAUGGACCCCUCCACACCCGGCACGUACUCGCGCGGCAGCUUCAGCCUUUCCAGCCAUCUGGACACUAGCAAUCCCAACACGCCGAUCGAGGCCCGCGGCCUCGGCCCGCUGGAUCCCACUGUACCGCGCCGCGAGUCAAAUCCCGUACAUCCGGCAUACUAUACCGCGGAUCGCAACCAGUACUAUGUUGGCGCCGCGACACCGGUGAAUCACCCGCACUAUGCGGCCGCACAGCCGCUCUCAACGUGGACGACGACGGCACCCGCCCAGCCGCAAAUCUGA